AUGUCAUCAUCAGAUUUAAUAGAAAAGCAACCAUUGGACAUCCUUGUCGAAAAAUUAAAAGAAGAAUUUAAAAACCCUCAACCUGAAGGUUUCACAGGCAAUGGUGAAGUUAUAACUCAAUUAUUAUCUCAAUAUGUAAAUAAUCAUAACGAUUGGAAGGAAUAUGUUUUCUAUUGUCCAUACUCCUAUAGUAGAAAUCUUAUUGCAAAGACCGAGUUAUUCGAAUUAAUGGUAAUUUGUUGGAGAAGAGGCCAACCUUCACCAAUUCAUAAUCACGAGAACCAAAGAUGCUGGAUGGGAUGCGUUAAAGGUCAAUUAGAAGAGACUUAUUAUGUUUUUAGAGAUACAAAAUGUACUAGAGGCAAGGGUUUAUUAGAGCAAUCAUAUACUCACCCAAUUGAUAAUGGUUCAGUUGGUUAUAUUACCGAUGAAAUUGCAUUCCACAGAAUGCAAUCUAUUGCAGAAGAAACUAUUUCAAUUCAUUUAUACUCAAAGCCAAUAACAGAGUGCAAUAUAUAUUGUCCAGAAAAAGGUACAAUUACAAGAAAGAGAUUAGGUUACUUUACACAAUAUAAAAAGAAAUGCAAUUUAGCUGUUAACCCAGACUGCCAACCACCACAAACCAAUACACCAAUUGUUUCAGAUUGCUCUUCAUCCUCAACCACUACUUCUUCACAACCAGUUUUUCUUAAAUAUUAA